AUGAGUGAUAAGAAAGUUAUUAAGGAUGAAGGUCUUGAUCUGAAGACGUUAUUUGUUCGUGGUGUGCCGUUUGAGUCUACCGAUGAAGAAUUCGGUAACUUCUUCUCCCAAUUCUCUCCUAUCAAGCAUGCUGUUAUUGUCAAAGAUGGUGAGGGUGCAAGCAGAGGAUUUGGUUUUGUUAGUUUUGCAGUUGAAGAUGAUACUAAGACUGCUUUGAAUCAGGCUAGAAAGACGAAGUUUAUGGGACGUUUGUUGAGAAUCGAUAUUGCCAAAAGAAGAGAACGUUCCCGUGGUAAAAAGGAUGCGGAUGAGGUAUCAUCAGCACCUUCCGUAGAUAAUGUUAAAGAUGAGGAGGAAAGCAAACCCGAAGAUGAUAAUGAUUUAAUGAAGGGUAAACCGAAAUUAAUUAUCAGAAAUAUGCCAUGGUCCUGUCGUGAUCCGACGAAACUGAAGAAAAUCUUCGGAUUGUACGGUACCGUUGUUGAAGCUACGAUCCCAAGGAAGAGAGACGGUAGAUUAUGUGGGUUUGCUUUUGUUACAAUGAACAGGAUCUCUAACUGUAAGGCUGCUAUAGAAGGCACUAAGGAUUUGAAGAUCGAUGGCAGGAAAGUGGCUGUUGAUUUUGCAAUUCAAAAGAACAGAUGGGAGGACUAUAAGAACGAACAUAAGGAACUGGAAGCGUCUGAUGAAGAUGAGGAAGAAGAAGAAGAAGAUGAUGAUGAUGAUGAGGAUGAUGGUUCUGAUUCGGGUGAAGAGGACGCUGACAAUCAGGACGACAAAGAAAAAGAAGAAAAAAGUGACAUCGUCUUGGAUUCUGAUGAAGAAAUCAGCGAAGAGGAGGAAACACCAGAACAGGAUACCGUAAAGAAGAACAGAAAGGAAGAUUUCUCUAUUUUUGUGCGUAAUGUUCCAUACGAUGCCACUCAAGAAUCCUUAGAACGUCAUUUCGGCGUGUUCGGCCCAGUAAAAUACGCUUUGCCAGUGAUUGAUAAAGAAACUGGUUUGGCGAAGGGUACUGCUUUCGUUGCAUUCAGAAGCGAAGAUGCUUACAACGACUGUCUAAAUAAUGCUCCUGCUACAGGAAGUACAUCCCUUCUAAUAAGUGAUGAUGUUUCCCCAGAGUAUGUUUAUGAGGGUCGUGUUCUUGCAAUUUCUCCAACUCUUGAUAGAGAAUCUGCUGGAAGAAUGUUUGAGAGAAAUGCCGAGAAGAGAAAAGAAGUUCUUGGUAAGGCACCAGGUGAAAAGGACAGACGUAAUCUAUAUUUGUUAAAUGAAGGUAGAAUUGUUGCAGGUUCAAAGCUUUCACAGUUGUUAACUCCUGCUGAUAUGGAAGUCAGAGAAAAAUCUUACAAGUUAAGAGUCGAACAAUUGAAGAAGAAUCCAACGUUACAUCUUUCGAUGACUAGAUUGGCUAUCAGAAAUAUUCCAAGAGCAAUGACUGAGAAGGGUCUAAAGGCGCUAGCUCGUAAAGCUGUAGUAGAGUUCGCCAAAGAAGUUAACGAAAACAAGAGACACGCAUUGAAUAAAGAAGAAAUCGUCAGAUCUACUAAGGAAAAGUACAAGUUCAUGUCUGAAGAAGAAAUCGAAGCUCAAAAGAAGAAGGACAAGAAACAAGGUAUUGUUAGACAAUCUAAAAUUAUCAUGGAAAUUAAAGGAUCUAGCGGUGGUAGAAGUAGAGGGUAUGGUUUUGUUGAAUUCAGGGAUCAUAAAGCUGCGCUAAUGUGUCUAAGAUGGUUAAAUGCUCAUGAAGUCAGUAGGGACGAAAUCUUAGAAGGACUUACGGAUGAUGAAAAGAAACAGCUUGAUGCAGACAGUUUCAAAAAAAGAAGACUGGUGGUCGAAUUUGCUAUCGAAAACGCUAACGUUGUGAAGAGAAGAAGAGAAAAGGUCAAAGAAUCUAGAUUGAUAUCUUUCAAGAGAAAAAGAGAUGAUGAAGAGAAUAAAGAAGAAGAAAAAGUGGCUCAACCAGUAGAAGAGGAAACAAAAUCUGGUCUAAGUAAUAAUAUUAAACAGAUUAUUGGAUCUAAACGUAGAAGAAAGAACAAGGGCCGUUCUUGA